UUUUAGCCAAUCCCUCACCUAAUCUAGUCUCUCACUGCAAUCACUCGUUCGUCCUUUCUCUCUAUCUCUCUCUCUCUCUCUCUCUCUUUCUCCACCGAUCGAAGAUAUCAAAGAUAUGGAGCUUGAAUCCACCACCACCGCUCAACGCAGGCUCGCUGCCCUCGCCGCUCACUUCCCGCCAGCAGCCACUUACGAUCCCGCCUCCUCCACCGCUUCUCUCGUUCCCUUGAACUGCAGCAGCAGUUUGAACUCUGUCGUCAGAAGCUGUGACAACAAAAUCUCUUUUGCCCGGCAAGCAUCUUCUGAACAGGGUUUCUUUAUGAGGCAGGCUUCUUCGACUGAUGACGACCAUGAGAACUUAGCCAUCACUUUGAAGAACUCUGUCAUUACAAGGUGUGACAAUAGGCUGUAUUUUGCUCGGCAAGGAUCUUCUGCACAGGGUUUUUUUAUGAGGCAGGCUUCCACUGGUGAGAGGACCAUACUACAAGAUGCUGCACCUACCACCAAAACAACUGGCUUCGAUCCCUCUUCACCUGAGUACGCCGCACCACGGUUUUCUAAGCCUGCAAAAGAGGAGUUCGUUGUCUCUGAUGUAUCACCACCAAAUCAGCAAAAAGAAAAAACUAAGCCCGAUCUUCCUAAGUUAGCCAAUUUAGGUAAUGUUUGGUCUCCGAGAUCGAAUGUUGCUGAAUCUGAACAUAGCUAUGUUGUGGCAAUAGAGCUACCAGGGGCCAGUAUUAAUGAUAUAAGAGUGGAGGUCGACAACAUAAACUUGACUGUGACAGGUAGACGCACAUCUAUCUGUCAAAGAGUUGAUGCAGGAACUAAAGCUUCAAUCCUUGGAUAUCAUAAGCAAGAAAUACUACAGGGAUCAUUCAAAGUUUCCUGGCCUCUUCCCAGCAAUGUGAACAAGGAUAACGUUUCCGCUGAAUUUAUGGAUGGGAUUCUGAGAAUAGUUAUUCCAAAGCAUUGAGGGUUCACCGUUCUGGAACCAUAUCUAUACAUACGGUAAACGAUGUGUGUGUGUGGUAUAUAUAUAAUAUAUAUAGAUGUGCAGUUUGUGUGAAAGAAAAUUCAAGAUGGAAGAAAGAUAUGUAAAAUAGUUUGGUCUUUUAUAUAUCACGAAUUGCAGACAGGCAUUACUCAGCUGAUAGAGUAAGCCAUGUAAACAAUCGAUAAAUAUAUAAAAUAAAUCCUUCAUUACUA